AUGGAUCUCACCGUGUCUGAGAUUAAGAAAAGGGGAGAGAUGGAACUUCAACAUUUCUCCCAUCACCAUCCUUUGUUCUUCAUUCAAGACCAAAGUGUUACAGAUAAAGCAGCUCAGUGCUUUGGGUGUGAGGAACUUAUAGACGGUCCAAGCUAUGGUUGCAAUGACUGUAAGUAUUAUCUUCAUAAGAGAUGUGCAGAGUUAGAGUUAACCCCCCACCUUAAUCAUCCUUUCCACCCUCAACACCUUCUCACUCUUUUGCCAAAAUCUCCUUACGAGGGUGGUUGGGGGUGUGAUUUUUGUCAGAGGCCUUCUUCGGGAUUCGUUUAUCAUUGUGAUCCUGUAAAUUCGAUCUGCACAUCAACUGUGCUUUGCUUCAAUCAUCCAUUGCUCCAAAUUUUCCUACUCCUUUGCAUCAACAUCCAUUGCUCUUCAUUCAAGACCAUAACGAAGAAGUCAAUUGCGAUUGCUCCGGAUUGUGCAGAACUACCCCUUGAGAUUAAUCACCCCUACGACCGCCGUAAGCAUCCCCUUACUCUCUUGCCGAAACCACCUACUCAUCUUCACAACUGUAGUUGUUACUUGUGCAAAAUUCAGUGGAAAGGGUUUAUUUAUUCUUGCUCUUUUUGCAAGAUUGAGCUCACUCUCGAAGAUGUUUCUGCUCCACCAACAAUUAAAAAUGCAAGUCAUGAACACCCAUGGACGCUUUUGUCAAGACAAAGGUCAUUUAUUUGUGAUUUUUGCGGUACCACCGGAGAUCGCACCCCAUACAUUUGUGCUAUAUGCGACCUUCUUGUCCAUAAAAAUUGCAUUUCAUUGCCACGGAGUAUCUUAAUAACGCGACAUCAUCAUGUUAUUUCCCACUCAUAUUCUCUUCCGCAACAAGAUGAGUUGUGCAGAAUUUGUUACGAGGAAGUCGAUACGAGGUAUGGCAGUUACCAUUGCUCUGCUUCUGAUUGCGGUUAUAUUUCUCAUGUGCAUUGUGCAACAGAUAAAGCAGUUUGGGAUGGAAACAGUGUCCCGGAAGACUAUGAUGAGAGGUCCAUGGAAGUUCUUGAUGAAUCUAUGAAUUUGAUUACCAAUAUUGUCGAACAAAUGAGUUUUGGAGAGAAAACGGUAGCAGUUGAGAUCAAACAUGCUUAUCAUGAUCAUAAUUUAAGACUCACUUUUAGUGGGGAGAUGAACGACGAUGGCCAAUGUGAUGGGUGUAUGAGGCCUAUCUCAACACCUUUUUAUAGUUGUGAGCAAUGCAAGCUUUUUCUCCAUAAAAAAUGCGCUGAACUGCCGAGAAAAAAACGACACCCAUUUCACAAGCACUUGCUUACACUCACAAAUUCAAGCACAGUAGCGAAAUGCAGUGCUUGUCGUAGAAAUGGAAACCCAUGGGACAUGGCAUAUAGAUGCACAAAGCGUUGUGAUUUCACAUUAGAUCUACAAUGUGCCACACUACCACUCACAACUUGGUACAAGUAUGAUAGACAUCCUCUUACUCUAACUUGCACAGAUGAUUCUGAUCCUUCUCAGCAUUAUUGUGAUCUGUGUGAGCAUGAAAGGGACCCAAAUGAUUGGUUUUACUACUGUGCUGAAUGUGAUAACUCUCUCCAUUCCAUAUGUGCUCUUGGAGAUAUCCCAUUUCUGAAGAUUGGAAGCAACAUUGACAAGCUUCCUUUUCAUAGUCACCCACAUCCAUUCACUAUUGUGAAAAACAUAUGGGAUUGCCCUCCAUGUAAAUUUUGCGGUGAGGUUUGUAAUGGACAAGCUCUACAAUGUAAAGAAUCUGAAUGCAACUUUAGCAUCCACUGGUUUUGCCCUGCAAUAUUUCCCAGGUUCUCCAACUCUAAUGAAUGA